AUCCUGCUACUCCUGGAACAGAACAGUGCCAGUGAGUGAGUAUUGUGCUAUUAACUUGUUCGUGUGAGUUUGGUUCUAACUUCAAAUACGAUUAAAUAGUAUUUUAUCAUUGAGUAACAAGUACUUUGUGGCUACUUUAUCAGAAGAGUCAUAUUCUGCGAGGUUGAACACCAACGUGGAGUACGGUAAAUUGGAGAGGCCAGCAACCAACAGAGAGCAGAGAUGGUAUCGAUGGCAUGCGGCAGUGGCAAUGGAAGUGGAAGUGGCAGUAGCCUGGUGAUGCUGUGGGCUGUUGUGACGGUGCUGCUAGUCGCACUGCUCAGUCCACCGGUGUCCGGUGUGCCUCCACCCCAAUGCACCCCCGGCAUAGUCGAGGAGAUACCACUGCGCAUGCGCAAAGUGUGUGCCGCACUCUCCACCAUCUACGAGCUGUCCAACGCCAUGGAGACCUAUCUAGACGACAAGGGUGCUGCUUACCAGAUGAUGCGUGAUAACUCGCCGCUAAUGGAAAACGGAGUAAAGAGGCAGGAUGUCGAUCACGUGUUCCUGAGGUUCGGAAGACGUCGUUAGAGGGCGCUCCACUCGCCCUCACAAGACCCGCUUCACUCUUUCUGCUAUUAUUUAUUAUUAUUUGUUGACAGACUCUUCAAUCAUCUUGAGCAUUCUUCCUUUUUAUCACCGCAAUUUAGUUUCGAAUGAAUGAAUGUUGAAGACGAUUCAUCAAUAAUUCUGUAAAUCUCGUGUCAACACAGCUCAACUAAGAAAUGAUUCAGUUCACACAACUCUUAAUGAUCUAGGUCAUUUUUCUUUUUCAAUAAUAAUUAAUGAAUGUUCGAAACAUCAUUAGUCAAAUAUUUAACGGGAUGGUACCGACCCCAUGACUCAGAAAAUCAGAUAAAAUAAUUAUGUUCUGUGAUUGAAAUGAGACCCUUAAGGAUCUGAAACCUUAAACGAAAUUGUAUCCUACUGUAUCUCACAAUAAUCAGGCAAUCACAUUCUUUUAUUAUCACUCAUUACAUACAAUUAUUACAAUUUCCCAUAUAUUUUUCACAAAAAGAAUGUAAAUUUUUCCUUCAUUCAAUCCUUAUUGGGUGUCCAUAAUUUGUUAGAGAUGAAUAAACAAAAAUGGAUAAGAAUAUAGCCCAAUUGCUCAUGAUACACAGUUUUGCAACUUGAGCUGCUAACAAUGCUAUCAUGAACACUGGAGCUCUAUUUUUCAAUUCUUACUCUUAAUUAUUGAGAAAUUGUAAAAUAUAAUGUAAGUACAUUGAUAUGUGCAAUGCAGUGGGUAUCACAUUUAUAUCAAUCUAGAUUCAAACCAGAAUAAACCACAAGUAGUAUAACAAAAAAUCACUGGAAUCUUGAAAAGUGGAUUCUUGUUUCAUAGAAGGUUUAAGUUGAAAUCAAUAUUUUUGUGAUUUGCUUUAAGUUGGUUAAUUUCAUCCAUUUCAGUAAUGUACCUACAUCAAGAUUGGCUGUGAACGAUCAAGAAUUUAGUAAACUGUUUCAAGAGAAAAUGUAAUGCUAUUUCACGAGAAUCAUUUUUUAAUGACAAUGUAGCCUAUUCAUAAAAAUAAUAUUAUUCUCAAUUCAACUGAAUUUUCUGUGAUGGAAAUCAUUUAGAUUUGACAAAGUGAGCUUGAUAAUAUUAUUAUAACAUUCUCAUCAGAUGGAGUGUAUGCUCCUUCGCUGUACAUAUAUUAUUUUGAAUUUACAAAUCCUUAUAAGGAUUCAGAAUACCAUAAUUAUUGAGGUAAUUUGAAUACUGGUCAACAAAUUCAAUAGUAAUUUUUAUUUCUUCAACAAUAGUUGAUUUUCUUCAACUGUUUAAUCCUCCAUUAAGAUGUGUUAAUUCAUAAAAUACUGUACCUCAUUAUUCCAAAGACUUUAGCUAACGUUCUAUGAGAAAAUUUGAUCUCUCAGUCAAUUUUCGCAUUGAACAAGAUGAAAAACGAACAUUUUUCAUUGUACUAAUAAUCUCUUUCACAGCAAAAUAUUAAUCAUUUCAAAUAUUUUUUUCUCUAUUUUAAUCUAUAGAUUUCAGUUAUUUUUGUCAAUUUCUAGUCAUUUUAUUCAAUUGACAAACAGUAUUAUCAUUAUGGAAUCUGUAGAUUUGAUGAUAGAGAGUAUCAAUGUAUUUUAUCUUCCCAAAAAAUAGUAGUACCUUAUAUUAUGUUAAAAUUGCGUUGCUAGUUCUUCGCAGUAAAACUAUGUCUUCAUUAUUCCCAUGAAAUAUUAUAUAACUAUUAUCUUUGGUUAUGCGAGAUGAAUAAGAUUGUAAAUUGAUUCUAUUGAACUUAAUCAAUUUAUAAUUAUAAAGGAAUAGUUACCUUCAGGUUACUAGAGCAUUCAUUAACAUAAUAAGCAACGCAUUUUAUUCAGAUCAAUUUAUAAAAUUGGCCAUGAAUAUUUCCAAAUGAUGGUUUGAUGAGUAGUAUUGAUAUAUGAGCAAGGGUCGGUUCAUGCUGUGAAAAUGCAUUGGCUUGAUUUUUUCCAACUACUCUAAUAUAGAUUUCUAAUGUAAGAUGAACUAAUAUUACUUCUUGUUAUUAUAUUCUCACACUUCCUUGUUAUUAUGGACUUGUAAAAAGUCAAUAUCUAUCAAUAGUGUAAUUUAGAAUGACUUCAAUGUUUAAUUUACAGUUUUCGAACUUAAAUUCAUAAUUACAGUUUGAGUUGUCUAAUUUAUUAUACUUGAGAUGUAUGAAGAAUAAAGUAUUAUAUAUUUGUUAAGCAUGA